AUGAUUGAAUUGAUGGACGUGAUCCUUCGAAAAGAGAAUUUCGACCUAAGACUUACACCGUAUAAAGUUCUGGCUACAAGUACUCGUCAUGGAUUAGUUCAAUUUGUAGAAUCAGUUUCAUUGGCUGAUAUUCUUCAUCGAUCAACCUUACUAGCCUAUUUACAGUUAAAAGCGCCUAGUCCAACUGGUCCUAUGGGUGUUCAAAAAGAAGUUAUGGAAACGUAUAUUCGUUCUUGUGCUGGUUAUUGUGUAAUUACCUACCUUCUUGGUGUUGGCGACCGUCAUAUGGAGAAUUUGUUACUCACGGCUGAUGGUCAUUUAUUUCACAUUGACUUUAGUUUCAUCCUUGGCUCUGAUCCGAAACCAAUGGCUCCAGAAGUCAGAUUAACACGUGCUAUGAUCGAUGCUAUGGGUGGUCCUAAUUCAAGUCAAUUUAACGAAUUUUGGAAGAUCACUUUUACUGCUUUCCUAAUUUUACGACGUCAUGCCAACUUGUUUUUGACUCUAUUUUCCUUGGUAUCGAAUACUGGGAUACAGAGUAUUGCUAGUGGACAGAAUAAUGCUUCUGAAUUUUUAAAAGAACACUUUUGUGUACACCAAUCAGAAGAGAGAGCUGUUAGUCGACUAGCCAAUCGUAUGACAGAAUCAAUCAAAGCUAUUGUACCCGAUAUUAUGGAACGGAUACACACUAUUGUACAGUAUAUGCGAAAUUAA